GGUGCGGAGCGGAGCAGUGCGGCGGGCUCGCGGGCCGCGACGCAACGCAACGCCGAGCAAAGCAGCGCUACGUAAGCAGAAGCAGGCAGUACUCGUCGGCGCGGCGGCCGGGCCGUAGUCAUAGGCGGCGUAGCGCCACCGAGGCAGGAGCGGGCGGAGCAGGCGGAGCAGGCCCCGUAGCGUGGCGGGCCACCGGCGGGCCACUGGCGGGGCGCGGACCGCCGUGCUCGCCGUGCCGCAGCCGCCGUAGUGGUGCAGCCUUUAGUGAUACUGCGGCGCCCGCCCAGGAGGGACCAGGAGGGACCCGGCCCGGAGCCACCCCCUCCCCUCACCCCCCGCGACAUGGACGUGCAGCAGCAGCGACAGCACCAGGACGCUGACGACCAGGACCAGGUCGCCGGGAGUGUGCCCUACUCGGACGAGCUGCUCGUCGACAUGGUGCGCGCCAGGGAGAACCUCUACGACAAGGGCCGCGUGGACUACAAGGACGAGCAGGCCAAGGCCCAGGCCUGGGACGGCAUCGCGUCGGCCUUCGAGAUGAGGGUAGAGGAGUGCCAGACGCGGUGGGUGCGGCUCCGGGAGCGCUUCGGCAGGGAGCUGCGGCUCCACAAGCGCGGCGUGCCGCCGGGCAAGGAGUGGGCGCUCUUCUGCAGAAUGCGCUGGCUCGAGCGCUUCAUCCAGCCCCGCAACCGGGUUGGCGGUGCCAAGGCGCACGUGGCAGCGCUGCACGCGGCCAUGGUGCGGGAGCGCGGGCUGAGCCUGGGCCAGGGGCUGGCCCAGGGGCUGGGGCUGGGCCUCUCCGCCAUGGGGGUGGCGGCCCCGGCUGGGGGCCAGGGGACGUCAGGGGCCGCGACCGCUAGCAACAGCGCGGCGUCGGACUCCGGGGACGGCAUGGUGGCCGGCGGCGAGGAGCCCGCGGUCACGGCAACCACGAGCCCCCUGUGGCCGCACACGUACAAGCUGUGGGCCGCCGGCGACCACCUCCACCACCAUGGCGCGCACCACGACAUGGAGGACGAGGACUCCCAGCAGGACAUGGCCGUCGACCUUGCCACCCACGCGUCGCACUCGUCCACGCCGCGGCACACCUCGCCCUCGGAUGACUUCCACCACGGCCACGCGGACGGCGCACUUCGGCUGCCGCUCGGCGGACUGCUCCCGGCCGGGCCGUUGUCCUCGCCGCGGGACGCCCAGGACUUCCAGGACGCGGUGCGCCAGUCGCUCGCCGUGGUGGCGGGGUCCCUGGAGGGUAUCGAGCGCCACCUGUCGCGCGCACAGGGCGCAGAGCCCUUCCUGGAGCAUGCGCAAGACCCCGAGGAACUGUUCGCCCGGAGCCUGGCAGCCACGUUGCGCCGUCUCCCCAGGGCAAGGCGCUCCCAGGCCAAGAUGAAGCUCAUCGCCGUGCUGGCUGAGUUCGAGGAGGGAUCCUGACAGGCCAUCCGCGCCCCCCGACCCCCGUCGAGGUGGAUCAGGUGGAUUUGACAACCACUGGCGGUUGUGGAUCUCUUCGUGAAGGCUGUGCUGCGACUGACAAGGCUGUGCCGAUCUAUUCUCAGCGAACACGUAUCACAUUUUCGUUGAUUACUUAUUGCUCAAAUGCGCAAACCAAAGAAAACAUUUUUUUGUACAGAGAGAACGCUUGUCGAUGUUUGUUCUUGUGGUUGUAAUUUACCCUCGCUUGUGGGACUGUGAUCUCAGGCUACAAUAAUUUUAUAAGCCUCCCAUCCUCGUUUCGUGUACUUCGUAACAUAAUUUUAGACAGUUUCCUUCCUUGAUUGAUAUUUUCUUUCUGGUACCAUAAUUUAAGUUAUCGAGCUUUUUGUUUUUGUUUUUUUUUAACAGGGAUGUAACUUUGUUUGAAUAAAUGUCCUUGUUGUAAGCGUGCGUAU